AGUAUUGUGCAAAAGAAGCACCAGAUUUGCGUAAAAACCACUUGAUUGCUUCACCUUCCUCGGCCUCUUCUCUCUCUGCCUCCCCCCUCCUUCCCUCUCUAUAACUUCGAUUCUAAGUAUGAUUUACUCCUCUUAUUAUCUUUAAAUCAUUAGAAGCAAUUCUUGGUUUUUUUCACUCAUACAACAUUGGCAUAAAUGUAUACCAAGUCCUCAUUUAUAGCUCUCCAUGUGUGAGCCAUUUAAGUGAUCAUAUAUCAUCUUGUAAUUAUAUAGUUGCUGCUGCAACUGCUUGGAGUUUUCAUCGAUAGUUUUCUGUCUUAUCACUCUAAUAUCUUAAGCAGAAAAUGGGACGACAUUCUUGUUGUUUGAAGCAAAAACUAAGGAAAGGUUUGUGGUCACCUGAAGAAGAUGAGAGACUGUUCAAUUAUAUAACUAGAUUUGGUGUUGGUUGCUGGAGUUCUGUUCCUAAACUAGCUGGUUUGCAAAGGUGUGGAAAGAGUUGCAGAUUAAGAUGGAUAAACUACUUGAGACCUGACCUUAAAAGAGGAAUGUUCUCACAGCAAGAGGAGGAUCUCAUAAUCAGUCUUCAUGAAGUUUUGGGUAACAGGUGGGCUCAAAUUGCUGCACAGUUACCAGGAAGAACAGAUAAUGAGAUUAAGAACUUUUGGAAUUCCUGUCUGAAGAAGAAGCUUAUGAAGCAAGGAAUUGACCCAGCAACCCACAAGCCUCUAAGUCAAGUGGAAGUGAAGGAGGAGAAAAUUUGUACAGAGAAGGCAUCUUUCCAAAUACCACAGUCUAAAGGGUUACCAAUUCUAUCAAACUUCUCUGCACCAGAGCCAGCAUUUAUCAUUAAUGAUACAGCUUACAAUAGCAGUGGAUUAACAGAAGCUUCAAGAGAGCAAUUUAUCAACAAGCAAGCCUAUGAUCCUAUAGCCUACUUUGAAUUCCCGCCCAGUAUUGUUCCAACAGGGUAUAAUUCAAACCUUUCAAGUGUGUAUCAUCCAACAGUUAGACCGGUUGAUCAAAACCAAUUUGAAACAAGUUCAAACUUUGUGUUCACUUCAAUGCCAAGUUUAACAAGUUUUGACCACGGAAGCAUGAGUGGGACAGAUUUCUCCGAUAACUCGGCUUCAAGAAUGAGUUCAAUGUUCUUGAAUGAGGCAAAGGAAAGUUCCAGUAACAGCUCAAACAUCAGCAAUUAUGCAGGAUACCAGAUGAGCAAUAUGGUGGAGAACGCAGCAGGUUUCUCAUCAUGGGAUUCUGAUGAUAAGUUAGAGUCAGUGUUCCAAUAUCUUCAGGUCAAUGGGAUCAAGACAGGAGAAUUGAAGCCAAGUCCAUGGCAUGAAGCUGGACAGCUCCAUACUCAUCCGAAUUCAGUAGAUUUCAGUAGUUGUCCAUUAACGUCGCUAUCAGAAGAUCUAAAAGGAGCAAAUUUCGAUGGCUUCCACCAGAUAUGAACUGUAGAUUCAUUAUUUUAUCUCUCCUCACUCUCCAAACAAAUACAUGAGAUGUUUGAUAGUACAGGAAUGUUUGAGAUUGUCUUUUCUUUUCUUUAUUUUUUGGUUAACAAUAUUAAAAGAAAAACAAGUCUAAGCUCAUGCUGUUUCUCUGAUUUUUUUAAUCUGUAAUGUUCCUUCUUGUUUUCAGUAUACUUCUCUUCUGUAUUUGUUUUCAGGACAGUUGAAAAUAAUCUACUUACAAGUUCAAGAGUGAAAA